AUGCUUGUUUUUUGUCUACGCGAUGCCGUCUCCCGCUGCGCUAAACAGCUUCGACUGACGACGGAGCAGGCAGGGGGUCAUGGGGGCGGGAACCAAGCGGAUCGCCGCCCCAACUUUGAUGCGUUCUUCCGUGUCUGUGAGAGUCACUUUUUGAGCCACCCUCUGCAUCCGCGGAAGCAGCGCGCCGUUGCUGAGCAGCACGAAGGGCGUGUUCUGUUGCCCAUGCACCGUGCUUGCUGUUUUUUCACGCAGGCGCCGCGUUUCUGCUCGCUGAGUUGUGCCCGGCCGCCGCUCCAUCGGCAGCGAGACUCUGCCGGCGUGUGUUGCAGUGACGUCGGUAAACGCGUCUGGCUGUGUGUCGACUGCUGA